AUGACCGUGGUGGUUAGCGUAACUUCUCACCUUCUUGGAGCAACCCGUGGAAUGGCUCCCAACAUCCUCAAUGGCCUAAUCAACUGUGGCCUCCUUUUACUUCAAGUUCUGGACAUAAAAGCAACUUGCCUUCAUUUCAGCCCCCUUGGGCCCAAUCUGGGGCUUCUAGCAAACACUCUGUCCGACCUAACUCAACUCUUGGUGUCUUGGGACCUACUUGGUGCACCACCUGCAAUACCAAUCAACAUACUAUUGCAACAUGUCCCCAUCACUACAAUGACCCAGAAUCCUUUCCUUCAUUUACUGGGGCUCAAUUCAUGCAGCCACCUGACUCCACUUGGUACCCUGACACAGGUGCCACUCAUCACAUGGCUGGUAGUCCUUCUCACAAAUUUUCUCUUCAAAAUGUCUUUUGUCUUCCCUCUCUUCGGCCCUCCUAAAGAUGGUCUUUACCCAUUUUCCCUCUCCUCUCACUCAUCCACCGUCCCCCAUGCCCUUACCACCAUGCAUUCUCAUGCUUGGCAUCGUUGCCUUGGCCAUCCAUCCCGUCCUGUGCUCUCUCACUUAGCGUCAUCUAUAGGCUUUAAAGCAUCCACCAACGUUUCUCAUGUCCCCACACUCCCCAACAAAAUGGCCUAG